AUGGAAGCAAGAUCAGGAAACAAGACCAGCACAGGAGAUAGGCCAGACUGGACUCUAUUCACCAUAAAAUGGACUUAUACUUGCAAUGGACCUCACACAACGUGCAAGUGUGGUGCUUACUCAUUCUGUAUCUACGUCAGUAGGCAUCACAAAUACCAAUGGGGGAGCAAUGCCGCUUCGUCUGACCUUCUUAGAUGGCACGGCACCAUGCAUUGGUACAAGAAAAUGAAGGCGAUGGCUUAUGCGAGCCGGGAUAAUUCGUGGCAUGAAGAUGAUAGUGGCGGAGGGGAUAUGGGAGGAUAUUGA